UGGGCGACGAGAUGAGGUCGGCCGUCGUCAUGGCCGCAAGGGCGGGCGCGUCGAGCGUGACGCAGCAGGAGGCGGCCAGCGCGCUGCAGGCGCGGCAGCAUCUGCGCCGCCACUUUGGCUACCUCCCGAUCCCGAUCGCGUUCUACCUCGUCUUUUGUGGCAUGGCGCUGACGCACGUGCCGAUCGACAGGAUGUAUCCUGCCGAGACAGGUCUCUACUCGGCCUUGGUGACCACCGGAACGGACGCAAUUACGACGGCGACGACGAUGAAGUAUGUCAACAUUGGCAGCCAAAGCGACGUCUUUUCGUGGCUCACCGACACGUUCAUCCCGACGACGUUCGUCACGACGGACUACAACGGCAAGAACCUCACCAACGCCGACUUCUUCCGGCGCAUCCAGCUCUUCCACUCGAUCCUUGGCGCCGUCGAGUUCCAAACCACGUCUGCGACCCUCGUCGCGUGCUCGGGCUCGGGCCCGCUCCAGACCAUCUACCCGCACUGCCACGACGUGGCCGACGUCGCGACCGAGUACUUUUACCUGGACGCGGGCACGACGGCGACGGAAGCGACGGCGCUCGUCGCCGCCAAGCAAGCCAACGGCACGUGGCUCAGCCUCGCGACGACCAAGCUCGACAUGACGCUGGCGACGUACGAUGGCGAGCUCAAGAUCAUGAACAUCGUGACGUACGCGCUCUCGUUUGGCCUCGGCGGCUACAUCCAUCUCGAGAGCGACAUUGUGGCCGUGCCCACCGACCCGUACGACGGCGCCGGGCCCAUCGUGCUCGACGUCGUCGUCGGCCUCUUCUUCCUCGGGACGCUCCUCGCAGAGGUCCGCCGAGGCCGCCAGCGCCGGCUGCGCGACUUGGUUGGCUUCUGGCACGUCAUUGAGUGGGCGUCGCUUGUCGCGAUCUGCGUCUUUUACGUGCUCUGGGCCAUUCUCUGCUCGUACAUCUACGACGGCAACUUUACCAUCCUCCUCACGGCCGUCGGCGCCAGCAGCGCGAGCUUCAACCACGGCACGAACGCGACAAGUGCGCGCGCCAACCUCACGCAGCUCACGGGCCGCAUCAAGCUCAUGGGACAAAUCAUGACGAGCGUGCGUGUCGUUGCCAUGGUCGUCAUGCUGCUCCUCGUCGCGCGGAUUCUGCGCGCGAUGCGCUUCCACCCGAAUCUGAACGUGCUCACGUCGACGCUCGCGCGGUCCCUGAGUCUUUUCGGUCCGCUCUUCUGCGUCUACGCGGUCUGCGUCGCGGGUUUCGUCUCGGCGGGACACAUCCUCUUUGGCGAGCGCCUCCACGCGUUCUCGACGCUUGGGUACACGCUCGUGACCGUCAUCAACCUCUCGUUCGGCCAGUUUGACUUUGCCUCGAUCGCCGACAUCAACUACUACGUCGCGCUCUUCUACUACUGGAGCACGCUCAUCGUGCUCUUCCUCGUGCUCUUCAACCUUAUGCUCGCAAUCGUCCUCAAGUCGUACGACCAAGUCACCGAGACGCACGCCGCGAACCGGUCCGUCCUCGCCGAAAUGAGUGUGCUCGCGCGCCAUGCAGUGGGAAGAGACGUGACGGCAGCGCUGCACGGGAAGCUGCAGUCGACCAAGGCGUCCUGGAGCGCAAAAGACGUAGCGACGGACCUCGGCAUCUCGGAGGCGCGCGCGCGCCGAGCGAUUCGCGACGUCAAGACGCUUGCGCAGGUCCAACGCGCGCCAGAAACUACCGCCGUCGAGAGUGACAGUGUUGUCGCGCGCCUCGAGACCAAGAUUGACCGCUUGGAAGCGACGAUGGCGCAACUGCUCACCCAGCUGCAAGCCACGAGACCGAGUACGCCCGCCGACGUGGACGUGUAAUCAA